AAUAUGACUUCCAAGCUGGCUGUUGCUCUCUUGGCAGCUUUCCUGCUCUCUGCAGCUCUGUGUGAAGCUGCAGUUCUGUCAAGGAUGAGUACAGAACUUCGAUGCCAAUGCAUAAAAACACAUUCCACACCUUUCCACCCCAAAUUUAUCAAAGAAUUGAGAGUUAUCGAGAGUGGGCCACACUGUGAAAAUUCAGAAAUCAUUGUUAAGCUUACCAAUGGAAAAGAGGUCUGCUUAAACCCCAAGGAAAAGUGGGUGCAGAAGGUUGUGCAAGUAUUUGUGAAGAGAGCUGAGAAGCAAGAUCCAUGAAAAAGAAAAAACAACCCCAAAUCCUUUUUCCAUUGCUUCCAAGAAUUCCUCAGUAAAGAUGCCAAAGA